AUGGGGAUGGGGGGCUACGGCGGCCUAGGCGGCGAGGACGACGACGAAGCCAUGAAUGACCUCCACGCCGGCGCCGGAGCAGGGGCGGGGGCAGGGGACGAUCCUCCCGCGGAGUUGAAGGUUGGGGAGGAGAGGGAGAUCGGGAAGGAGGGGCUGAAGAAGAAGCUGGUGAAGGAGGGCGAGGGAUGGGACCGCCCCGGCGACGGCGACGAGGUCGAAGUUCACUACACGGGGACGUUGAUGGACGGCACCAAGUUCGACUCCAGCAGGGAUCGUGACUCCCCGUUCAAGUUCACGCUGGGCCAAGGACAAGUUAUAAAGGGAUGGGAUUUGGGCAUCAAGACCAUGAAGAAAGGCGAAAAUGCUGUUUUCACAAUCCCACCAGAGCUUGCAUAUGGUGAAGAUGGCUCACCACCAGUCAUCCCUCCAAAUGCCACGCUGCAGUUUGACGUUGAGCUUCUGUCAUGGGUGUGUAUCAAGGACAUUUGCAAGGAUGGAGGCAUCUUGAAAAAGGUACUAGCCGAAGGCGAUAAGUGGGAGAACCCCAGAGAUCCUGAUGAAGUUUUUGUUAAGUAUGAAGCAAGGCUUGAGGAUGGAACAGUUGUAUCGAAAUCUGAUGGUGUUGAGUUCACUGUGAGAGAUGGUGUAUUCUGCCCUGCCAUAUCAAAGGCUGUCAAGACUAUGAAGAAAAACGAGAAGGCCCACCUCACUGUCAUGCCACAAUAUGGCUUUGGUGUGAAAGGUAGACCGGCCUCUGGAGAAGAAGCUUCUGUGCCUCCUAAUGCGGCAUUGCACAUUGGUCUUCAAGUGGUGUCCUGGAGGACAGUCACUGAGUUAGGCAAUGACAAAAAGAUCCUUAAGAAGAUCCUUAAGGAGGGUGAAGGCUAUGAACGUCCCAAUGAUUGUGCAAUUGUCCGAGUGAAACUUAUUGGGAAGUUGGAGGAUGGUACCUUAUUUGUCAAGAAAGGUCAUGAUGGUGAGGAGCCAUUUGAGUUCAAGACUGAUGAGGAUCAAGUGAUUGAAGGGCUUGACAAAGCAGUACUCAGCAUGAAGAAAGGAGAAGUAGCCUUGGUCACUAUUCCUCCUCAUCAUGCCUUUGGAACUAAUGAAACAAAUCAAGAUCUGGCUACAGUUCCACCUAAUUCAUCUGUUUACUACGAAAUGGAGCUUGUCUCAUUUGAUAAGGAGAAAGAUUCAUGGGACUUGAAGAACAUUGCUGAGAAGAUUGAAGCAGCUGCUAAAAGGAAAGAAGAAGGGAAUGUGUGGUUUAAAGUCGGCAAGUAUGCCAGGGCUUCUAAGAGAUAUGAAAAGGCUUUGAGCUUCAUCGAGUUCGAUAGCUCCUUCAGUGAAGAAGAGAAGCAACUAUCAAAACCACUUAAGAUAAGCUGCAAGCUCAACAAUGCUGCAUGUAAACUAAGACUCAAUUAUUACAAGGAAGCAAAGGAACUGUGUACCGAGGUCCUGGAAUCUGACAGCACAAAUGUGAAGGCCUUGUACAGGGAUGUGAAGAUGGGGUACAGGAGGCUGAAGGAGAAGGUCAAGGAGUACAAAAGAAGGGAUGCCAAAUUGUAUGGCAACAUGAUUUCCAAGCUGAGCAAGCUUGAAGACACGGAAGACAAUGUAAGUUCCCUCUGA